CUUUCCCCUACAUCAUGAUCAACAUUUUCGCUCUCGUAAAUUGGGCAAAAACACGAAACAUUGGAAUAAUAAAACAAAAACACCACCAGCGAGACAACAGGAUUUAGACAAUUUUCUACUCGCCGACUAUAACAAUUCUAGAUCGAAACUAAGAGUUUCUGUAUGAUCGUUGCGAAAAAGCUUUCGGAUAGAUUCUACGGAGCAGGUGCAAUUGUUAUAGGCUGUAGUUGUUGAAAAUUUACUAUCUUCUGACUUCGAGAAAGUAGGAACAAGAAAAGAGCACGUAUUCGCAUCUAUAGUUUUCUUGUAAUAUUAUUGUCGAUAUGACAUUCUGAAGGUCAUGUUCGAUUUAGUGUCGGUUGGAUUGACUUUGUUUGAUUGAGAGAAAGAGAGGGGAAGAAAAGUCAUCGGGCGUUUGUUUAUGUUAAAGUUUUUACCACAAUUGUCUUGAGGGAGAAACUGUUUCUUUGAACACAACUCUUGAUGUUUUCUUUGCUUCAAAUUCACGAGAGUCACAACAAGUUUUGUUUGGGUUUCAUGAAUGAACAAAAAUGCUUCAUGCCAAAAUCUCACACAUGAAAUGAACCCGUGAAAAACACAUCCGCGAUAGACGCCACUAUCGUAAACCUUUUGUUUGUUGUCGUUUCGAACGAGCAAGACAAAUCAAAACCAAAAUAAAAACACACUCAAAAUUCAACACAAUUCUGAUGCCUUCUGCCGACGCUGUUCUCAAUCCAACCGACGCUGAAUAAGAGAUCACCUUCAGGAUCCCACUACUCUAAAAGUCAGUGGUAGCGGACUCGAAGGUUAGCGAUAACACGCUUCGAUUCCGUCGCAGCUUUGAUACGAGCCCAAUCUGCUAAGCUACUAGAACGGCGACGUCGAGAUGGCCUCGAACACCAUCACUCCGUCGGACGCGAGCAUGCGGAGUGCAGGAAUAAACGGUCCACCGGGAAUAGAUGUGGCGGCUGCUAGUGAACAGUCAGCUACCGUGAACAACUCUCCAGGAGAUGACGUUCCCCUCCAUGGACGAGUUCCCCCAUUUCCUCCUCCGGCUCUUCCGCAGUUACUGCCACCAAUGGCAAGGAAUGGCCCGCUCGAGAACGGGAAUCUGGGGCUGCAAGUUGUUCCGGCCCAACCGAAGGCAGGACCACUCGUUCCGCUCGGAGGAAACUUGAACAACCAGCAGGUAGCGGUUAUGAACCAGGAAACUGGAAUGAUUCCAGUGCAGCCACCGCCGGGGUUUGUGAACAACCAGAAUCAGCUGAUAACAGGGUCGACUCUGUCAACUACAGCUAGUCCUGCUCCACUGGGAUCCGCGGGAAAUCCCAUCAACGUCGACCAAGGGAUUCCAGGUCAUGGCAAGCCCUCCAUCUACGACCAGAUGAUCGGCCAACACGCUGUGGAUACUCGUGAGGAACUGGUGCGCCGGACCACGAUUCUGCGGAAUCAGGAAAAUCAGCUUGCUGAAGCCGCGCAGUUUCUGAAUCAGGAAAAUCAGCAACGACACGAGGAAGUCAAGAAGGUUGCUGAUGCCGCGGUGUUUCUGAACUCGCAGAAUCAGAAUCAGCAGGAACAGCUUGCUGCUCUCAUGCAGUUAACCGAGCAACUCAAAAAGGAGAAAGAAGAGCAACAGAAUCAGAUUCGCUUUCUUGAAGAGCGCCGGCAAGCACAGGAGGGAACAAUCCAGCAAGACGGCGUGAUUCUGAAUCAAAAGUUUGCAGCCACGGAUGAUCAGACUCAGAGAACGUUCCAGAACGUGAAUCAGAAGUUCGCUGCAACUGAGGAUCAAAUUCGGAAGAUGAAAGAGGAAUUUCAGCUGCUCUCCCUCGGUGCUAGCAGUGUGCAUGAGGUCGCAAGCAAACAGCACGACCACAACGCGCAGCGUGACAAGAAGAUAGAGGAACUGGAAGCCGUGGUCUCCAAACUGCUGGAAGCACGGAACCGGGUUGAAAAGAUCUCAAAUAGUCCAGUGAGCGCUCUGCGAAAGAACCUGGUACCAAGCGAGGUUCCGUUGCUGCAAACUCCGACACCGAUACAGGAGUACAACAUUGGAUCUUCUGCCAGUUCCAGCAUCAGCUCGCUGCAUCUGGGUGCUCCACGAAAGGAAAGUAGUAAUACGGAGAAGGACUACAUCCACGUCUCGCCUGUGAAGGACGGCGGCUCAAUCUACAGUGAGGAUCCGGACCGGGACAAGCGCAGGAAGGCGCUGGAGUUGAUCCACGAGUUCCAAAACCUGCUACCAACUGAGAGACGAGUUGACGCAGGCACCAUCAUGUGGGGACUCGGCAUGCAGCCUGCUACCGAGGAAGGAAGAAAGACCAUGAUGCAGCAGACUCCGGUCUUCGGCAAGGAAGACUUCGGGAGAGUUGUACAGGAGACUCAAAGCAGAAGAAAUUCUGUCAAUCUCGCUGCGGAAAAUUCCUUCGUGUCGCAUGAGCAAAGAAGCGGAACGGGAACACCAGCAGUGUUCAAUACCACAAACCUCAACCACGUCAGUGCUGCAAUGCAACAAGGAGGAGCAUCACGUGUCCAUACGCUGCAUGACAACUACCAGCAGCGGCUUCUGAAUUAUCAGAACGGAAACGGGACCAUGCUGUUGCAAGCCCAGAACUACAACGGUGCAGCACCGUCAGCCACCAGCAAUAACCCAUAUGUCCACAACUACGGGUCUCAAGGAUACCAAACUGGUGCCGUGGGUGGAUCUGGAUCUGGUGGAAAUGGUGGAGGUUUCGGCGGGAACAACUCGGGACAACAGAAUCAGCAGCCGAUUCCGAAUUCAAAUAACCCGUUCAACAACAACGGGCAGAAUAACCAUCCAGGGGGCGGCGGUUUUGGAGGAAGCCCACCUGGUGGAGGCGGUGGUUACUGGGGUGGUAGUCCCCCGAACGGUGGAAGCCCACCAGGGUCGCCUGACAGUGGAGCGAGUUCCCCACCGAUGGGUGGAUACAAUCAAGAACCACCCUUCAUUCCGGGAAAUCCGAGAGGACCACCAGGCGGCAGCCCACCAGGUGACGGUGGAAACGGUCGAGGAUUUGGUGUUGAGCGUCGGAAGUUUCGCUUCAGUCUCAUCCAGUUUGAGUCCGAUUACUGCAAAGAACGCGGUAUUGACCUGCGAACCACUGGUGCUCACCCACAUCUCCUCCUGAAAGUGAAAGACCGCCUGCCAGAGGGAGGCAUGCCCACUGUGGAAGAACAUACUUCUCUUGCUGGCUUCUUCACUGCGCUCGAGAGCGAGCUGACCAAGUUCUGCUACGAAAAGGAAGGCGAACGCUACCUGUUUCCGCACAGCUACGAGUCGAAGUACGUGAAAGAGAUGCUGUACAACAUAAAUCAGAAAUCAGCAAAGGCGUCUCGAUUCAAUCACUGUCUCGCGCAAGGACAAAAGGAGAAACUGCGGGCGACGGGGAUUUUUGAUCGUGAUGAUCCGACAACUCUCACUUUCAGCAAUUUGGUCCAGGCAUACUACCUGCAGUAUCCCAAAGCGUUCAUCGUGAACCGGGACGAGACCAACAAGAUUCACGACUUCAAGAUGCUGAAGGGAGAAACCCCGAAACUCUGCUUGACCAGGUAUUUGGGGCUGGCUGAAAAAAUCCGGAUCAACAUGUUCCCCAGGAACCACCUGGAGCGCAAGAACCUGUGGGAAGCCUUCCAGCACAAGGUGAAGGACCACUGGCCCCGCAGUGUGACCCGGGCUUUCAUGUCGCACCACAGCUUCGCCUCUCCGGACGUCCCGUACUUCGAAAACCUGAUGCGGUACUUGGACUGGGAGGAAGGUCUUGAUGGUUUUCAACCAGGGAAGUCGGACAAGGAAGAAACUGGUCUCUCUCCGGAGGUGAUGGCCUUGAAAGAGCAGGUCGCAGCUCUCCAGCAGUGGAUGCAGGAAGAUGGAAACUGGUAUGGUGAGGAACAGGAAGACGAGGAUGGUGAUGAAGGUGAAAAUGCUGCUGCAGCGAAGGCGAAUCCCGAUUCCAACUACAAGUACAACCCUGCCAACCCAGUCGGACCGUGGCAGUCGCGCGGGAACCGCAAGGGUGUAAAAAAGGGAAACGGAAAGGGAAAGAGGAACAAGGGGAGUAAAACGGAGAUUCAGAUCAAAGGUGAGUCGAGGACCCGCUGCCGCAAAUGCUAUUCUGAUCAGCAUAAAACGUCGGAGUGCACGUACGACACCCGUGUCUGCGGUCGCUGCUUCUCGUCGGAACAUGUUCAGAAGAACUGCCCGCUACUGAAAGAGAGCAAUGACAAAGCGACGCAGGUGGUGAUGGCGGCAGACUUCGAGAAGAAGUCGUUUGAGGAGAAGAUCGCUGCUCUCCUUGCUGCAAUUGGACCAAAUAACAUCGACACGGUCAUGUUGAACGUGAUCGAUCGCAACGACAAGGAGCGGUCUUUUGUCCUGAACGAAAAGGACAACAAGCGAUCUGCUGUAACCUGCCUGUGCAACUGCGAGGUGUUUCACACCACUGAAACGCGGGAAGAGUGCUAUCCGGUGCAGGACGAGGAGGAUUUCGGCAGCGGCGCCAGCAGUCUGUGGUAAGUCCGACGAACGAAAAUUCUGAACAAUUCGAAAAUUCAAGUGAAACAAUUGAAGAUGUUUUUGUGACGAGUUCUCCGGGUGCAGACGAGAACAAAUUUUCCAAUCAGUACGAAUCUCGAAACAAAGAACUAUCACCAUCGAAAUCUCUACUACCGUGUAUGAUAAAGUUGAACGAGUUCAUUUGUGCAGCACUGCAACGCUCCUGUUACGCCUCCAACGCGGAAACCAAUCUGGACCUGUGUGUUUUUCCUGCGGCGGAGUCCAUCAUUCUCAACAUACGAAAAGAAAACGAGUCUUCCGGUCGACCAUGUGAUUUUACAUAUCGAGUUUUAAACAACGAAGAUACCACGAGCCGUACCAACGAAAAAGAAGCACUACCAGUCAAUGUUUCCGAUGGCACUUUGCCGAACGAGAAGAACUGCAAAUCAGCACGUGAAGAAGAAUCAGUACUUUUUACAACCGAAACCACUCAAGUACAAUUUGACGAAGGCUACAACAACUGUUACUACCUGACGCUUCUGACAGCAGACCGCGGUGCGGAGCUGGGACGGAAGCACGGGCUCUGUCUUCGUGAGGAAGCAAGCCACAACGAAAAUGCCAAUGGCAUUGGCGGCAGCAAGCGACGAAUAAUCAAACGGGUGGUGGUUCCGUAUAAGCUGCUUGACACAAAUGGAAAUCUCUACUGUUUGGGGAUGGAGAUGGCUACAGUUACCAAGGAGGGACCGAACCUGCUCGGACUGGUAUUGCACGACAAGUGCUUUCUGAGCGUGAUUCACAAGCCAGGACUCCCGCGAAUGGUAGAAGGCCAUAACGGGAAGGCUGUAGUAAACUUUAACGGUCAGACUCAGAUCCUGAAAGAAGCCUUCAACCUGACCAGCUACGACUACGCAAUCCUGCGUGCAGUCCAGCAACACAACUCCGAGUCGGAGUGGAUGCGUCCGGUGUUUGCGGACCAGGUUCGUAGUAAGGGUCCAGAACCACUUCGUUUCGUUCAUGAUCCCCGCGUUGUAAAACAAUAUCUGAAACUGAUGAAGAAGGGGAAGCUUCUGGUGAGCCAGGGCGAGUUCGCGCAUGUUGUUAUCGAAGAGGACUACAAUUUGGAAGCAGCCGCGGCACAGCUGCAGCGCGAAAAGGAGCGAAGCGUAACCAUGGUGAUAGAGGAUCAACCAGUGCGGACCGGAAAAGCAGCAGUAGUCAACCUGCUCGAGCACAACUGUGAUUGGAGCAACAAGGAUUCGAUCCAGAACUGGGAAAGUAAGGACGAUCGGCAUGUUCAUGUCGGGAGAGGAUCCAAGUGGGGCAAUCCUUUUCGGAUCGGCGUGGACGGAGACCGCGAGGAAGUGCUGGAAAAGUAUCGGCACUGGAUCCGUGAGAAGGGUUUAGUAGAAGAGGCGAGGGCCGAAUUGCCGGGUUGCAUUCUUGGCUGUUGGUGUCUCCCAAUGCGGUGCCACGGGGAAAUCCUGUGCGAAGAAGUUAACCGCGACACUGAAGAUGCAGCUCCCAACCAGGAAGGCGGAAGUUCUAGCUCUCGAAAUCCCCCUGCUGCUGCUAAUCCUGAACCUGCUGAUUUGGAUCCGGGAAUUUGGUCGGUGUCAGAAGACAGCUUGAAAAGAACGGGCGAUAGUGGCGGUUACUCCGUUUUUCGAGAUGUCAUCUUUGCACCAAAACAAAUACCAGCAACUCCCGGGUGGUUGCAGGAUCGCGUGCGUCUUCGUCGUGUUGUCGACGUCGAGCAACAGACCCGCCUCGUUCCAGAUUGGGUGAACGAUUGGUCGAAGAAGCAGAACCGCGAAGGUGUUACUCCGGUUCCGCAGAACGAGAAGGGGAGGUUUGUGACUGUGGACUACUACUACCACGUGGCCGACGAUGGCGGAAACCUUCUUACUGCCAAGCAGAAGCAGCGCGCUUUUCAGCUCCGAGGGAAAAUUUCCAAUGAGACUCACCCUACUGCUCGAAAGGUUGAAGGGAAAAUUGAGUACGGUGAGAUUGGAAAAGGAGAACAGCGGCCAGCAGUAAAGAAUAACCCGAACCGCAUCGUGACCGAAAAACUCCGGCAGCCCGUGCAGCUGGAUAAAGUACGAAUCUACACCUGCAGGGAUGUGGAGGAUCUACCUGCGGGAAUGCGAAUGUUCGGGAAAAGGAUCAGGGUUGAAGAAGAUCCUGAACUUGCUGAUGUCCUCGCCGAGCAUCCCGACUUUCUCAUCGACAAGCUGGCAAAGAAGAGUCUGACCGGCUUCAGCGACGAGAUGAUUACUGCCGUUCCCAAGGAGUACAUCACGAUGCUUGCCAAAGAUUUGCGUAGCAAUCCGAUGCGGAAAUUGGUGCUGAUCGACUCUUCGGGACUAGGAUUAGCUUGUGCUGUGGGCGAGAGGUUGAGAAAGGCGGGACCGAAGAAUGAAAUCUUCCACGCAUCUGCCGCGCGAGAACUCUAUGUUCACGAUCUUUCUCUGACCACGAGUGGCGAAGCAAUCCGCUACAGCAAACUUGAACGUCUCCGAGUGGAUAGUGUGCUUUCUCCUCUUCGUGACAUCUCUCCUGCGGUGAGAAACAAACUGCAGGCCAUCCGUGAAAUUCUCUGCAGCACGGGGAAGAUUGCAAGUGAAGAGCAAUGCUACAAACAGGUAAAGAAGAAACUUCGCAACAUCUCCGAAGAAAGCUUGCAGGAGUUGGUAACACUGGUAAGAAGGGACACCAUGGCGCACCUGCAUUUUGGUCUUAAGAAGCGGCGCAAAGACCUUGCUGCGUACGACCCAUGCCAAGCAUACAUGCAGGGCGGGAUUAGCCUGAUCGACACGACCUUCAUCACGGAAAACGACGUGAUUUUCGUGUGCAUCGGCAUCCUGAGCAUUCCGGAUUCCAGGUCGGCUUCCUACGUGUGUGGAACGAAGUGGAAACUUCGGGAAAUGAUGAAGAACAUGAAUCUCAGCGACCAAGAAAAGGAGGAAUUGCUCGGUGGAGUGAUGUGCCAGAUGUUUCACGGCGUCGGUGAACGGCUGAUAGCAGGUCGGGCUUCGCCAAGUCAACAGGACGUGAUCAGGUCCCUCUACCACUUCAUGAGCCAGAAACUUGUGCGCCGCCGCAUCUAUGCGGAUUCCGGAGUCGAGAACCUUUCCAUCGAAGAUUGGGUGCCUCUGAAGCGGACCGGGCGUGAGGUGACGCUCAUGCCGACCGGUACUCCAGUCUACGCGCUGGAAAGACGCUUCUUAACGCUAAAGACUUUGGUGAAGCGUUUGAGGCGGAUUCCGUCGUUCGCGAAGAUGCCGCUCCAAGUCCUUCUGGAUGAAGCGCAUGAAGUAAUUGCAAACAUGACUUCAAGCGGGAAGAGCGGUAGAACGGCAAAUGAGUGGUUCUGGGGCGUGGAAGAAUCAGCCAAGGAGUUUCUGUUCCAUCCGGACGAUGCCGGUGUCGAAUCAUUCUUUCCCGAGGGGAGUCCGGACUACAACAUCCACCGGAUUCACGAAGCUCGGCUCCGCAUCUAUGCGGAAGCGCUUCUCAUGAUGUCCGACAAGGCGUUCGUGGAAGCAGUAGAAAAAAUUCUACAAAAUUGCCGUGCGAGGCUUCGCAUCGCCAACGAUAACGACUACAACAUCGGGGAACGUGCAAAUAAAUACAAUCCCAAAGCAAAAGCAGAUGAUGUCGUGCGGAUCACAGACAAGAUUCCAAACCGUGGUAGCUCCGGUUACACCUUCCAGGUGCAGACCCGGCGUGGACUGAGCAACGUCAAUCCGAACAUGCUCUGCCCGGUGGUGAAUUUUGAUCGUCUUUACGAUCUGCCGGAAACGGAACCGCUGCAAGAGGACGACUUCAAGGUCGGUGGCAAGAUGUUCGAGAAUCAGGAGCGCAAUCGCACGGGAAGGGAACAGUGGGAAAAUGAGCUAAUGCAGCCACAUCAACCAUCAACGCAUGCUGGUGGUGAACCGUUUUUCCUUCUGGCCCCCCGGGCGGAGAGGGAUUCAAGGAAGAAAUCCGCUUUGGACGCCCAUUCUGAAGAAAAUGUCGAAGGUGAGGAACUUCUGGAUGCUGCAGGAGAUUUGAACGUAAAUCCCGGCGAUGACGUUCGUCCUGAAGAGGAUCUCCAGCUGCAGGAAGAUGAUGACCUGUUUGAAACAGCACACGUGCUGAAGCAGGUUCGCUUUGAAGACGAGGGUCCCAGUGACUUGGAAGUCUCUUCUACCUCCACUUCCUCUCAACGUGCUUCUGGCGCUCAGAAGAGAAAACGCGCGCGACAGAAUCGAGAAGCUCAUGCAUCACAAGCAGCAGAACUUGACAUGACCGACAUCACGGAACAAGUUCAUGCCACUGCAGAGGGUGAGAUGGAGAAACAAACAGAGUGGAAACAGCUCCUGGAGCAGAUGAGCGGUGAUGAUGCGGCAGAAGGAGGAGAAGAAGAUGAAACAAUGCCAGAAGAAUUCAACAAGCUACAUGAGUUCAUCAAAUUCCCCGCGCGCAACCAUCGUCGUGCUGUUGCCAAAGUGAUCCGUCAGAACCGCAGCGGAGUUCUGAAGGACGAUGGGUCCGACAUGCUGUACAACUUGAUUGAGCACACACUUUUUGUCAAGCAAAAUGGGCUUCGCAUCUCUCCGGCCAAUCUGGAAGUCUGGGACCGCUUCUACAGCAAGGAAGAAAGAACACAGUCUAGCAAUCCAGACCUGCAGGUAGACUUCGUGUUGUCGUGGACCGCAAAGAAGCUGUGCUUCGUGAACAGUGUCGAAGCGUGGGAGAAGGCAGGAAAAGGAAAGCUGAUCCGCAUCACGCUGUGGAGCCUGCUUGCGCACAAGUCCUACGAGGAUUUGGGACUACUAAGUGUCUACGACCCCAAAGUCGCGAAGCACGAGGAAGUUGUACGGAAAAUCCUGGGCGCGCUGAAAUACGCGGACACGGACCACGGAUUCGUAGCUUCCAGCAACGGCUUGGCGGUUCCUGCAGUCCUGGUGCGAGCCCACCUGAAGGAGUGGAACUCCAUGCUGAAAGAGGAACUGGUCGAGAUAUGGCGCGAAGGGAAACAAUGCAGCUCCGAGAAGAUCCUACCUUCAAGGGCGAUUGUUGACCUCAAACUGGUGACUCCCACCCACUUCAAAGUGGCGGUACGAGUAGUGCCGGGAGGUCACAAGAGCAGCGUCAGCGCCAGCGCCGAGUCGCCCACCGUGUCGGAAGUCGACCUGAAUUUGGUUUUGUCAAGUUUGCGCAAGAUCAAGGGGAAAAGGAUCCUGCGAUCCGGCGACGUUCCGAGAGCGUUCUUGAAAAACCUGAGGUUUAAGGCUGAGAAUCGUCCGCGGAUGAUGUUUCCGUCAAACAUCUUCCAGGAUGAUGUCCUAUCGGCUUUGAAGACCACUUUCGGGAUCGACCGGCAAACAGUCCUCCUUUUGAACAUAAGCCUCUAUGGGCUAAAGGAGGCGGCUCUCAUGUGGUAUCGAACACUCAGCCAAUGGCUCAUCAGCUGCGGUUGGUCUGUUUCUACCACUUCUCCCUGCGUCUUUGUAAAAGGACAGAACAAGAUUACGAUUCACGUCGACGAUCUUUUGUUCGCAGGUGACGAGCCGGGGUUUGACGAAUUUGCUGCGGCCGCGAGAGAAAGAUGGAAGCUCGAAAAUUGGACUGACAGCGAGGCAGGUCUGAUUUAUACGGGCAUCCAUGUGCAGCACUUUCCGAAAGAGCAACGAAUCCGCACCCACAUGCAGCCGAAAAUAGAUGAGCUGCAGAUGAACAACGUCCCAGGCGAGGAGACGGAACAGCUAGGCGAGAAGGGAGUUUCGCGACUCAAAGCUGCUCGCGGUUCCCUCCUGUUCAUCGCACGCAGGCAUACCGAGAUUAAGUUCCCGGUGCGAGCCCUCGCGCUCGGUGCUGACGAGCACAAAACCAAUGCCUGGCUCACCGCGCACAACAGCAUGACGGAGCGGUUGAAAAAGGACACUGCGGGUGUGGAAAUCGACCUGAGUUACGAAAACGAAGUGUUGGUGAUGUGCCCGGAUGCGUCGUACCAACGACCAGCGGUAAAAGACGAAGCGGGAGCAACCGAGGAGUAUGAGGAAUUUGACGCGCGACCUGAGGAGUAUGUGCUUUCGAACGAGGAGCUGGAAGCACGACGGGAAGUAGCCAGGACCGAAUUCUUCAACCAGCGAGAGUCGCUUCUACCAGGAAAGGCCCAGUUCGAGCAGGCGUACGCGAAUGCGGAAAAAUCCGAGACAGCACGACGUGAGCGGAAACGAUUCGCAGCACUGAACCUUCCGGAGAACGAAGAAGACAGCAUUACUGCAAGAGCUACAAAACUGCGUCCGAUUCUUGGGUAUGUUUUGCUUUCUGUCUCUCUUGACGACUGGCAGGAGUACCAGCGAAAGCAGAAGCAGAUCAAGAGGGUCAUGACGUUGAAAGAAUUUGAUGCUCUGGAAAAAGUGACGUUGAGAUGCAGCUACAUUGCCAGCGACACAAUCUUCUGCAGCACGGAGGAAGUGUCUUCUUAUGCAGCAGAAAUAAAAGCUGGCUGCGAAGCAUUUCCAGUACUGGAAGCCGUAAUGGUGAAAAUGGAAGAGUGGAACAUGAGCAGUAAAGCAGUAAUCCUGUCGGAUUCCAAAUCCGCGGUCAGCCGUGUGCUGUCGAAAUCCGUCAUAUCCAUGUCGGACGCGCCAGUCUACAAGGGAUUAGCCAGAUGGAAAUCUGCGUACUACAGGGCAAGUUGGGAGUUAGGCUCGAUCACCGACAGGAGCAAUCCCGGUGAUUCCCUGACCAAAGUCAGUACGGGUUUCAAACUCCAGGACUACCUGGAGAUCAUGCGUGGACGCUGGCAUCUCCCGUUGGGACAAGUCUAUGUCUACGAGAGGACAUAUUCUUGGGAGAAACCGUUGCCGCAGGGUAUGACCGAAAUUUAACCAACGUGAAAAUUCUGGAAGUAGAAAAAUUCUUUUGGAGCCGAACAAGCUGUAUGAUUUUUUUUUGUAAAAUUUAAAAGUACCAGCAUGGAGAUCAAGUUUCUCGAGAGCGACCAAUCCUGUACAAUCUGCACUACAAGUUUUGUUUUGUAAGAUGGAGCACUACGAACAGUACGACAAGUUUUUCAUGGCGACCACAAGGAAGAGUACAACAUGUUUCAAGUCCGUUUCUUUGCCGUGACGAUCCGGCCAUACGUUUCCUUUGGGAAAAUCCAACGACAUGAUGUUUCUGGGGUAAGUCCUAUCUGUUACUCGCGGGCCAGCUCUUUCUCAAGUUGCCGCGUUUAGUGUCAUCCAAACAACAUGAAGAGUACGAAAAAGUAAAGCAGUAAACCAACUGUUCAACCGAGGAGGAUGUUUGGUUCGAGAAGCUCCACCGGUAAUAGUUUGGGAAUUUUGAGGAGACCAGGCUUCCGGAGGGGUUUGAACCGAGCGGCAGUCCUUUUCACCAAAACCCAGCCAGUACAAGAUUGGCGUAGGUCUACUUGUUACGAAUGCGGGACCGUCUCGAAGUUUCGGGGAAUGCGGAUCUCCACGUCAGCUCUGUUUGCGGUUUCAACGGUGUAGAUCUCGGGUGACGGGACAUUGUCAUGUCAGGAGUCUUUCCUCUUUCUUUCAUCGUCUUUCCUCCCCCCCGGGCACUGUCGAUAUGACAUUCUGAAGGUCAUGUUCGAUUUAGUGUCGGUUGGAUUGACUUUGUUUGAUUGAGAGAAAGAGAGGGGAAGAAAAGUCAUCGGGCGUUUGUUUAUGUUAAAGUUUUUACCACAAUUGUCUUGAGGGAGAAACUGUUUCUUUGAACACAACUCUUGAUGUUUUCUUUGCUUCAAAUUCACGAGAGUCACAACAAGUUUUGUUUGGGUUUCAUGAAUGAACAAAAAUGCUUCAUGCCAAAAUCUCACACAUGAAAUGAACCCGUGAAAAACACAUCCGCGAUAGACGCCACUAUCGUAAACCUUUUGUUUGUUGUCGUUUCGAACGAGCAAGACAAAUCAAAACCAAAAUAAAAACACACUCAAAAUUCAACACAAUUCUGAUGCCUUCUGCCGACGCUGUUCUCAAUCCAACCGACGCUGAAUAAGAGAUCACCUUCAGGAUCCCACUACUCUAAAAGUCAUUAUCUUAACUACCCG